ACUAAACAUAAAAUUCAUCAAAUUAGUUGUAAAGGUGAAAUUUAUUAACUCAUAAACUAUCAAAGAUAGAAUUUAAAGAGAGGUUCAAAAGUGGUUAGAUUAGUGAUGGGCCUUGGGCUACUGUGAUACACAACUUUUCUGAAUUAAAUUUCUAAAAUAUCGUAUAUGAGACUAUUAUUAUAAGUUGAUAACAUAUGAAUUUAAAUAUGUGAGACUUUCUAAAUAUACUUUAUUAUAUUUAACGUCAAAUUGAUUAAAGAUUAAUGUUUAAACAAACGUGGUCCAAUAUUAAUUGAGUGAGUGAUUAAACUAAUCCUAUGAAUAGUCCAAACAGAAGAAGCAUUUUUAUAGCAUCUUACCGCCCUCUGUUAUGUGCCAAAACAAUCAAUUUUUUUAAUUUUAUUUUUCGUCAUGGUUAAAGCCAGAAAACACCUUUUAUGUUUAUGCUUAAUAGAAGAAAAAAAAAGAUAAUUAGAUCAAGAACAUUUGUAAAACAAAAUGGAUAACUCCCUCACAACAAGGUCUCGCAAUAAAUUUUGGUUUGUUUUCUUUUUUCUAUUUGUUUCUUGGUACUUAUUGCUUUAUGGAAUUGAUUGGUCUUCUUUACCUGGUUUUGUAACAACGUCACGAUAUGAAGUAAAUUCAAUUGAAUCCUUUCGUCCACCUCCUCAUCAUGAAAAUGUUCAUAAUGUUAGCUCCAAUUUCAAUGCUACAAGUGUUGAUGAUGAUAAUGCUAGCAACGAGACGACGCGAUCCAAGGAGGAAGAAUCACUGUCUAAUGAAAAUGAUAAUGUGGUAGUACCUGAUUUGGAGGAACUCCAGAAGGAAUUGGAACCUUUGUUAAGAAAAAUGGAACCUCCAAAAGAAGAGAAAAAGAUCGAAAAGGAAGUUGAGAAGAAGGGAGGAAAAUGUGCAGGACGAUAUAUUUAUGUGGCAGAAAUACCUAGUAAGUUCAAUGAAAUCAUGUUGAAGGAAUGUAAAUUGUUGAAUAAAUGGGAAGAUAUGUGUCAAUAUUUGGUAAAUAUGGGGCUUGGUCCUGAUCUUGGAAACCCUCAAAGGAUUUUCAUGAACAAAGGUUGGUAUACUACGAAUCAAUUUUCGUUAGAAGUUCUGUUUCAUAACAGAAUGAAACAGUACGAUUGUCUAACGAAUGAUUCUUCAGUAGCAUCAGCAGUUUUCGUUCCAUACUAUUCAGGGUUCGAUGUUGCUAGGUACUUGUGGGAUGAUUUCAACACAUCAAUGAGGGAUGCUGGUGCAAUUGAGGUCGCAAAGUUUCUCAAGGAAAAACCUGAAUGGAAGACAAUGUGGGGAAGAGAUCAUUUCAUGAUUGCUGGUAGAAUUACUUGGGAUUUUAGGAGAGGUAUUGAGGAAGAUUCAGCUUGGGGGAACAAGUUAAUGUUGUUACCUGAGGCAAAGAACAUGACUAUCUUAACAAUCGAAUCGAGUCCUUGGAACAGGAAUGAUUUCGCGAUUCCAUAUCCAACCUAUUUCCAUCCUUCAAGUGACAGUGAUGUAGUACAGUGGCAGAACAGGAUGAGGAAGUUAAGGAGGAGGGUGUUGUUUUCAUUCGCGGGGGCUCCACGUCCUCAACUUGAGGACUCAAUAAGAAGUGAAAUCAUGGAACAAUGCUCAGCCACGAGGCGUAAAUGCAAGCUAUUGGAGUGUAAAGACUUACACAACAAAUGCAACAAGCCUGAACAUGUAAUGAGGCUGUUUCAAAGUUCAAUUUUUUGCUUACAACCCUCAGGGGAUUCGUUCACUAGGAGGUCUACUUUCGAUUCAAUUUUGGCUGGUUGUAUCCCAGUGUUUUUCACUCCUGGAUCCGCGUAUGUCCAAUAUAUAUGGCACUUGCCAAAAGAUUACACCAAAUACUCAGUGCUCAUACCGGAAGAUGAUGUUAGGAAAAAGAAAGUGAGCAUCGAAAAUGUACUAUCUAAAAUACCAAAAUCACAAGUAGCAGCAAUGAGAGAAGAAGUGAUAAAGCUUAUACCAAAUGUAGUUUAUGCAGAUCCAAGAACAAGAUUGGAGACAGUUAAAGAUGCAUUUGAUUUGGCAGUGAAAGGGGUUCUUGAAAGAGUGGAUGUAAUAAGAAAAGAGAUGAGACAGGGCAAAUAUUCAAGUAUGAUAUUUGAUGAAGAAUUUAGCUGGAAGUAUCAUACAUUUGGGACAUUACAAAAGCAUGAGUGGGAUAGUUUCUUUUUGAGAACCAACAAAGAGAAGUACUAAAUUAUUUGUCAAAAUUCUUGCAAGUUACUUGUAUGUAGUUUCUAGCUUGCUAGUUUAAUGUAAAGUAUGUAUUUUAUCUCAUAUUUGUUGUAUACUCUAUAGGGUUUUUUUUCUCUU